AUGUCGAACACUUUGCCACCUCUUCCUUACGCGUACAAUGCGCUUGAGCCCUUCAUCUCCGAAGAGAUCAUGACACUCCACCACACCAAGCACCACCAGACAUACGUCAAUGCCCUUAACGCUGCCGAGGCUGCUUUCGCACAAGCCUCAACAACCAAGGAGCGCAUCGCUCUCCAGGCUGCUCUCAAGUUCAACGGUGGAGGACACAUCAAUCAUUCCUUAUUCUGGCAGAACUUGGCUGCUCCUUCUGAGAAGGGCGGAAGUGGGGGCGUGCUCAAGGAUGGGCCUUUGAAAGAAGCCGUCAUUGCAUCGUUCGGUUCGCUCGAAAAUUUGCAAAAGGAAUUCAACACGACGACUGCUGGUAUCCAAGGUUCUGGAUGGGGCUGGCUUGGUGUCAACCCUUCCACCAAGCGCCUCGAGAUCACGACCACUGCUAACCAGGACCCUCUGCUUACUCACAUUCCUGUCAUCGGUGUUGACAUUUGGGAGCAUGCUUUCUACCUCCAAUACAAGAACGUCAAGGUUGAUUACCUUAACGCUAUCUGGCAUGUCAUUAACUUCGACGAAGCCCAGAAGCGUUUCGUUGAUGCUACCAGUGGAUCCAAGCUCUAA